UAAUCGAGAGAUUACCGUUUUUGCUCGCUUGCGGGUGGAAAAUCGCCCCGUUUGUUUGUUCCGCGUCUUCGUGCAGUUAACGAGUUGUAGCGUGGUAGUGCGAGGAAAAGCGAAAAGUGGGCGCGCGGUAUAUUUCGCUGUUUGCUCUGCCGCCGAAAUAAUAGACGGUCCCACCGCAGUCGACGCUGGUUGCUGUUCCGGAAUUUCCCGGUCCGGUGCAUGAACCGACGGCCAGGCGGAGGAAAUUCAGUGCUAUACGCGUGUGCGAGUAAUUCUGUGAUAAACAAUAGCGCUCCAGCUGCAGUUUCUGAUCUCAGUGUUUGUGUUUGGACAGUGUGAAAUCAUCCGGUCAGUGCUUGGCGUUGACUGAAUUCCGUCCAGCUGCGAGUGUCCGCUAAGCAAUCACCGAGGAGGACGACCACAUCACGAUGAAGGUCGUAGCAGGCUAAAGCGUGCUGCAGCUACCAUGCGUUCCAGCGAAGUGAUCAUGGUUGGUGAAAAGACAGCAGUAGAAGAGUGUUUCGGAGUGGAACCACCGAUCGAUCGGGUUCGGUGCAGUAUGUUGGGGGCUGUGCAGCGGUCGCAAUCGUCGACGAUGCCAAUCUCUUUAACGAUUUCAACAUCAUCCAGCAGCAGCAGCAGCAGUAUGCGAGAUAGCUACGUGGAACGAUCGGCAGAGCAACAGCACGGUGGAUUGGGGUUGCUUGGCGCUGUGACAAGGAAAUGUGAUUCAAAUGAUUACCUGAUUAGAGUAGAAUGUAGUAGCUUAACACAGUCACAGUCGUCGAAGCAGCAGCUGCGCACACCACAUCAUCAGUACACGCCAUUCGAGGAGCUGUUGCGCUGUGGCGAGCGGGAACGAGCGCUGCGACAGUGGUGUUGCCGCCUGGCCAUACCACUGCCCCGGAUGAGGCUUGUCGGUGGCGGUGAAGAUUCCAUCAACAAUGGCACGAGCGCCUGGGGUACGCCACCGGCUGCCACCAACAACGGUUCAGUCAGUGCCUGGGGAGUGCUGCCAAACCAACAGCAGCAGCAGCAGCAGCAGCAGCAACAAUCAAUGCCACCUUCUGUCUGGGGUAAUGCUAACAGCAACAAUAACAACAAUCCCACUCAACCGCCACCCCAGCAGCAACAGCAGCACCACCGUCAAAUGAAUUCGUCUUCAUCUUCCACGAUAGAUACUGUCAAUUCAAAUGGAGGAACUGGUGGAGGUCCGAAAGGCAACGCAUCUUCAUCGAAUGCCACACCGAAUGCUUGGAAUAAUACUUCGGCGGCAGCCCCACAGAAUCAUCGCGGUGGUGGUAGUCAUCAGCAAGCUAAUGUGCAUCAUCCCAACAACAAUAACAUCAUGGUCAAUAAUAAUGCUACCAGUGGUGGCACCGGAGGACAUCAACAUCAGCAGCAGCAGCAACAGCAGAAUGCCGGAAACAAUGGUGCUAACGGUGGUGGCACGGCCAAGAAUCCACAGCUAGAGCAUCUGAAUACGAUGCGCGAGGCCCUGUUUGCACAGGAUGGCUGGGGUUGCGAGCAUGUUAAUCAGGACACGAACUGGGAAGUACCGGGUUCUCCGGAACCGACAGCACCUACUGCCGGUGGCGCUUCGGCAGGAGGAGGAGGAGCUCUAGCAGGUGCCAGUGGUGCUAAUGCCAUGGGCGGCUCUGCUUCGAACGCACCUAAACCGUCCGAUGGUCGUUCGGCACCGAACGGCGGAGGUGGCGGUGGAGGAGCUGGCUGGAAGGUAUCGAAUAUGAACACCGGGACGGAGCUGUGGGAAUCGAACCUACGCAAUGGUGCCGGUGCUGGACCGCACAACCACCACCAUCACGGACUGCAACAUCAGCAACCGAAAGUUGCCACUGCACCGUGGGUACCGACGAACAAUCUGGGCGGGACCUGGAUGGAAGACGAUGACAACGGUGGUCCCAUCGGUGCAGUUGCCGUUCCGGAUCCGAGCGCAACUGCUGGCUGGAACGGAAGUGGCGCCGUUGGCUCAACGGUUCCGGGAGCGGGGCCAGCGAAUGCCUCCGUUACCAGUGCAUCCGCUUGGGCUGGAAGUAACGCUGCUGGUGGGUGGCAAGUGGCCGGAGGUGGUCCUGUCGGUGGUCAACAGCCGCAACAAACCACUGCAACGGUCAGUGGUGGACUGAAGAAAGAUCUGAACGAAUGGAAUGCUGCCGGUGGAGCAGCAGCAGCAGGAUUGAUGCUGGGAGGAGGAGGAGGAGGAGUGCCAAGUGCUGGUGGUGUUGUUCCGGGACCGUCCAAUGUAUCUGGUUGGAAUGAUGGCCGAACUGGCGUUGGCGGAUUCAAUCUGGCGACUUCGAUUGGCCAGUCGGUAAACGUGAUUACUCCAUCCACUGGGGCCGGCCUUGGCGGUUUGGCGAAUGGAGAGUUGCGAGGUGAUCCCCGCGGCAUCUCCGGUCGUCUGAAUGGCGCAAUGGAUAGUGCUGCAUCGUCGAUCGUCGGUGGAAUGUGGGGUGGCACGGAGCAUGUUCCCGGUGGCAACAUGCUAGCGAACAAGCUUGGCGGUGGAUCAGCCAUAGUUGCCAACAACGCAGGACAACAAUGGGGGGCCGCCGGAACAGGCGGAAAUGGUGCCGGCAAUAAACUGGCCCCUUCCGGAUGGGAUGAUGUCGUCAAUGGCGGUAGACCAGUCUCGCUGGAUGAGCACGGAGCCAUGGGAUGGGGUCAGGGUGCCGCUAGCAAUUCGAUUCCUCUGGCACGUCAAAACUCUACCGGCGGUUGGAAGGAUCCCAUGGGGCGCCCGGGUCAGCAAGCUGGCAUUGCUGGUGGUGCUGCGGCUCCGUUCGCUCGACCAAUCGGUGGUGGUCCACUGGCCAUCGGCAAAGUACCGGAUGCCAUGUGGGGUGGAGGAGCAGCAGCAGCAGCAGCAGCAGGAGGCAUUGGCGGUGGCCAGAAUACACCGGGCAUCGCUCGGAAUGGUUCCUGGGAGGAGCCCUCUAACUCGAACUGGGGUGUCGGCGGUGAAACAGGUGACAAGGCCGGUGCUGGAGCACCGUGGAAUGUUGAGCUCGGGGCACCGGGAUGGAACAAACCACUGGGAACGACUGGCAAAGUUGGCGGCAGUGUCGGUUGGCCAGAUGCGGGGUCCUCGGAUCUUGCGGCGGCUGGAACCAUGGAUUGGUGCUUGGGCGGUGGCGUUAAGCAUGCGGCCGGCGGUUCCAACCCACUCGGAAAGCAGCAGCCGUCGCUUCACAAUCCGCUCGAGUUCGUACGCUCCAGCAAGGAGUACCGAAUACUCUGUGAAAUGGGCCACAAGAAGGAGGAGGUAGAGUUUGCUCUCCGUGCCGCCAACAUGAACAUCGACGAAGCGAUGGACCUGUUGCGACAUGGAGUUGCCGGCGCAGGUGGAUGGCGUGGCGCCGGUGCCGGUGUUGGUGGACGCUCUUUGAUCGAUGAUCAUCACGGGGCCGGUUUCGAUAGCGGCCCGUUCGCUGGCGGUCCACCACGUAUCCCGCCGCUCAAUCAUGCCGGUGGUGGAUUGUCGUACUCGCAGAACAAUCAAGCAAUGCUGAACAAUAUUGCCAUCGGACCAGGGGCCAACCUUGGUAGUUUGGAUGGAGCUACCGGCGGGCCAGCCAAUUUGGUCGCACUCAAUAAUUUUAAGUAUUUGUCGCAAGGGUCCGCUGGUGGCGGCCUAUCUGGGCAGCAUCAUCCGUCUUUCAAUCAAGUUGGCGUCGUCGGAGUAGGCGGUCGCGGCCAACAGCAGCAGCAGCAGCAGCAGCAGCAUCACCAUCAUCAUCAACAUCAGCAGCAGCAACAGCAGUUGGCGGCUGCCGCUGCAGCACAGCCAUCCAAUCAGCAGCUUCGCAUGCUGUUCCAGCAAAUACAACUCGCUGUCCAGAGCGGGUUCCUGAACCACCAGAUCCUCAACCAAGCGCUUGCCCCCCAGACAUUCAUCCUUCUUAACCAGUUGCUCAACCACAUUAAGCAAAUGCAAAUGACGCAGAGUAACCUGGCACGCAGCGGAACCACCGGUGGUGUCAGUGCCGUACAGCUGACGCUCGCCAUCAACAAGCAUAAAUCACAGAUAGCGCAGCUACAGCAGCAGAUUACUGCGCAACAGAGCAUUUACCUGAAGCAGCAACAGCAGCAGCAGCAGCAGCAGCAGCAGCAGCAGCAAGGUCAGCCAGGUCCAAUCCCACCGCCCUCGCUGCUACCAACAGCGGCCGGGAUGGGGGUCGCUGGUGGUGGUCCACCUGGUGGGAUGGAUUUUCUACGCCAGCAGCACGAUCUCAUGGCGCUGCAAAGCAACUUUGGCGAGCUAGCGCUUGGCAAGGAUGCGUUGCUCACUACGGCGGGCACGGCCUCCGUUUUUACGGGCGGCGCUGUACCGGUAUCGCUGGCACUGGCCGGACACGGUGGUGCUGGCGUAUCGGGAGCAGGUAAUGCGGGCAGCACCGGAAACAGCAGUAGCAGUAGCAGCAGUACUAGUCAGCAGUCCCGCUUAAACCAGUGGAAACUUCCGUCCCUGGAGAAGGAUCCGUCCGCGGGAAAGGAUGAUCUCACCGAUUUCUCACGUGCCCCCGGACCAGCGUCGCUUGCCAAAUCCACCAUCACUACACCGGCUACCACUGGCAGCGGCAAUCUGGAUAUUCUCGGGCUCGUGCAGGAUGGCUGGCCCGCCGGACUGGAGCAACCUCGUCGUACAAAUCUCGUUACCGAUGGGUGGCCGGAGCAAGCGGACGAAUCGGAUGGCAAGGACUGGACUACUGGCACCGGCGGUACCACACCGCCGGACAAUUCCACUUUCAGCGAUCUUGUACCUGAAUUUGAACCGGGCAAACCAUGGAAGGGAACGCAGAUGAAGAUCGAAGACGAUCCUAGUAUUACUCCGGGCAGUGUGGCUCGCUCGCCACUUUCCAUUGCAACCGCCGCCAAAGACUCGGAGCUGUUUGCGGCCGCUUCCUCAGAUUCGAAGGCCGGUGGCCUCUCACCGUCGUCUUCGGCGGUCGCGCUCGCUGACGCCGGUACUAUCAGUGGUGGUGGUGGGCUCGAUCUAACGUCUUCCGCUUGGAGCUUCAGUACCACCGGUACUUCGCCAUCCACCGCCGUGUCCACGGUCAUCGGUGCUGGUACGGAUGUUUGGUCUGCUCCAAUUGGCAAACUGACUGGGACUACUCGUGGCCCACCACCCGGUUUGGGAGGAACUAAUGGUGGUAAGCACGAUGGCAGCUCCCGUGGCGUUGCAUCCCGUAUCUCCGCUACCACUACAUGGGGUAGUGCAUCCGGUGGAGCUGCUGGAACCGCAGGAAGCUGGGGUGCCACGGGUACUUCUUGGUUGUUACUGCGGAAUCUAACCUCACAGAUCGAUGCUUCGACACUUCGCACACUGUGCAUGCAGCACGGCCCGAUUCUCAGCUUCCAUCCUUACCCGGCGCACGGACUGGCCCUGUGUCGCUACAGCUCCCGCGAUGAAGCGAUCAAAGCGCAGCAAGCUCUGAACAACUGCCCGCUUGGGGCCAGCACGAUCAGCGCCGAGUGUCCAGCGAGUGAGGCCGAAGUACAAACUUACCUGCAGCAGUUGGGUGGUGGUGGUGCGGCAAUCACAGCCACGGUCAGUAGCACCGGUACCGGCGCAAGCGGUUCCGGCAGCAUCUCCAGCAUAUCGUCCCAGUCCUGGCGACUGCGUACCCCGGCCGCUGCCACUGGUGGCACCGACACGUGGGGUUCCGGAUGGCCUAUCGGUCGAGAUACGGGCGAUGGUAGCGGUUCGGCCAAUGCCACUAACCUGUGGGCUCCACUGGAUGGUGGCGAUCGUGAAACACCAUCCAGUUUGAACUCGUUCCUGCCGGAAAGCCUGCUUGGUUCGGACCUGAAUUGAACGACGGUGCACCAGCACUCUUGUAGCGUCCCCAUGGGCCGAAGAAAUUGAACGCGAACACGACGAGCGGUGCUUUGCUUCAACUGCGAAGUAGUCAGGCUUCGCUUCGAUCUUCUCCCGUUGCCAUCAAACUGCUGAUUUCGAUAGAAACCCGGAAAAGCCAUGUGUGUGCGUGUGUGUUGUUGGAUGUGAUGCAAAAAGGCAAGGCCUUCGAUUAGUAAAUCCACCGUAGAUUGUUACAAAAACGCUGCUACGAAUCACCGCUUCGUUGCUGCAUUCUCGUGGGCACGCGGUGAAGAUGUCCGCCAACUCGAACUGCCGGUGCGGUCCGACGUUUUAGUAAUGAGUUUUUAGUAGUUUGUAGUGAGAAAGCUACUUCCCCACAGUACACACUACUCCGGGCCAACCAUAACCAGUGUUUACAGUGAAGCCCGAAGCGUAGCUCGAGUGCGUGGUGGUGGUGGGCGAAAGCCGGGGACCGAUGCACGAAUGAAAACGUGUACCGUACACGAUCAAUGCACCAGGAUAUCCUUACCAGUUACUAUACCCAUCACUCUCCGACCGUGCCAGCAUUGGCAAAUUGGUAACGUGAAAUUAAAUAAAUGCAUAUUUAUUAAUUUUAAUAUACAACUCUUGCAAGAGCAACAUCGGCGAUGGCGAUAAACGAUGAUGAUGGUAGGGUGGGAAACGAACCCAUUAGAUUUACUACACGAUAAAAGUAUACAUAAAUGUUAUUGAAUUAUUUUUGAAAUUAUUUAGAAAUACAAGGAAUCAAAUAAAGAGAAUCUUCA